CAACAGAAAAGUGUUCAUUUUCAGUUCCACUAGUUUGGUCUCCUUAUCUCUAUCCUCCAUGGUACGCAGUGUGGAUUAGAGAGUGGAAGAAAUGGCUGCGUUGACUCCAAGAAGCGUGUUUCUAAAUACUAGAAAGCAAAUUAUACGUGCAUCCAUCGUGACUAUUCAGCAAUGUCACUACUCACAAUCGCCAAAUAUAAUAAAAAAUGCAAGUGCAGUGAAUAUGAAAAGAGGUACCGGAGGACGCAGUUCAUUCAAUGGUACUGUUUGCACGAUCUUUGGAAGUACCGGUUUCAUUGGUCGAUAUCUAGUUAACCGUUUAGGGAAAGUCGGAACCCAGUUGAUACUACCGUACCGAGGUGACCAUUAUGACUGCAUGCACUUGAAGCCAUGUGGCGAUCUUGGACAAAUUCUUUUUCAUCCAUUUGAUAUCCGAGAUGAAGAAUCCAUACGCAGAUGUAUUAAGUACUCCAAUGUGGUCAUCAAUUUAAUUGGGAGAGAGUAUGAAACUAAAAAUUUUAGUUUCGAAGAUGUUCACGUAGAAGGGGCAAGAACACUUGCCAGGAUUUGUAAAGAAAGUGGGGUUGAAAGAUUAAUUCAUUUAUCCUCUCUUAAUGCAAAUUCUAACCCCAAGACCAUUUUUUUGAAAGAGCCAUCUAGAUUUUUUACGUCAAAAUGGGACGGGGAAUUGGCUGUUAGGCAAGAAUUUCCAGAUGCUACAAUUAUUCGACCUUCUGACGUUUAUGGUCAAGAAGAUCGUUUUUUGAUGCUCUAUCAAAGUAAAUGGAGACAUCAUUUGUUAAAUGGUGUUCCACUGUAUAAAAAAGGAGAAGAAACUGAGAAGCAACCUGUGUGGGUCGGUGAUGUGGCAGCUGGAGUAAUAGCUGCCAUAAAAGAUUCCGAAUCAAUUGGUCGAACUUACCAGUUUGUGGGGCCGAGACGUUAUAAACUUGCAGAUCUGGUGGAUUGGUUCAUGAGAAUUUUAAGACGUGAAGCUGAUGAAGCAGGAUACAGGAGGUUGGACAUUGAUUAUUGUCCUCUCUUUAAAUUGAAAGUUACGCUAACAGAAAAAUUGAGUCCUGCUUAUCCAGUAGGAUAUUUGCAUUGGCAAGCCUUAGAAAGAGAACACAUGAGUGAUAAUGUGAUAAAAGGUCUACCUAUGCUUGAAGAUCUUGGUAUAAAUCCUAUUGCUAUCGAUACUCAAGUACUGUGGGAACUAGCGCCAUUUCGGUAUGAUUUGGCAUAUCAAGAGUACUAUGGAGAGUAUGACGAUCCUCCUCCUCCACCACAUAUUACCAGUUUAACGUAAACUAUAUUGAAUGAUUUAAAAUAACUGUUCACUUUAUGGAAAUAUAUACUGUACUUAUGGAA